AUGUCUGAAAUAGUUGCUGAUAAUCAGAUGGGUGAUGUUGACUUUUGUACUUUGGGAAUGUUUAUUCUCGAUCGGAUUCUCACAUAUUAUGAGACAGAUGACAUUGAUUUCGGGAGCUCUAGACCGGGAGUCAAGAAUGUUCUCGGAGGUGCUGCAUCAUUUGCAGUCCUAGGUGCCCGUCUAGUUGCAGGCUCUACGUAUGCUCGAUCUGUGAGCUGGAUCGUGGACGUUGGUUCUGACUUCCCUUCCGAGACUCUUGCAGAGAUCAGGUCUUGGGAUACAGACUGCUUGUUCCGGGAAGACCACAGCAGGCUCACAACUCGAGGCUGGAAUGGCUAUCAUCCAAAUGAGAAACGAGACUUCAAGUAUCUCACUCCGAAACUGAGGCUAGAACCCUCAAUGCUCUCUGAUGCGCAAGUGUGGUCACAGACGUUUCAUAUGGUCUGCUCUUCAUCACGGUGCAUCUCUAUUGUUCACGAUAUUCUGCAACGGCGAGAGGAACUACGCAAGGCGGGCCAGACCCCUAAUAAUGAGAAUGUUUCCAAGAGACCCAUCUUUGUUUGGGAGCCAGUGCCUGAUCUGUGUACACCAGCAGAACAAGAAAAGUUCUUUGCUGCUAUUAAAGUUGUUGAUGUGGUCAGCCCUAAUCACCUGGAGCUGGGAAUGUUGUUUGAGCAGCCUGAAUGGACUAAAGACAGCCCAGAUGGCCAACAAUUGAUUCGGAGGAUCAUCGAGUCUGGGAUUGGUCCAAAUAGAGACGGCUGCCUGGCAAUCAGAGCAGGGAAAGACGGAAGUUAUGCUUUCUCCAAGGCCCAAGAAAUCUGGCUGCCUGCCUAUCAUCAACCAGAUACUUCGGUUACUACGGCCGUAGUUGAUCCUACGGGUGCCGGCAAUUCGUUUUUAGGUGCGCUAGCUCAGGGAAUGGUGUCUGUCGGUCGAGAACCUUUUGAAGUGAUCGAGUCAAUCCUCUCGCAUUCUAGGAAUUGGGAAACUGCUCUGGACUCAUGGGGCACGCGUCGAGGAUUGCCCAUGGCUCUCAUAUGCGCAACGGUCGCUGCCGGGUUUGUGGUUGAACAGAUUGGCGUACCGCAGAUUUCUCAGAACUCUGGUAAGGAAAUGUGGAAUCAAUCUGAAUUCACGGAACGAGUCCGCCUGUACACGCAACGAUUAUUCAAGACAGUGGAAGAGUCUCCUCAGAGACAUCUCUUGACCAAAUGA